UCUCUGACUGGUCAGACGGAAAAAUGGCUCUCUUACGCUUAACAGUAUAUUUAUUAUAUUCAUGCCUCAAUAGUUUGACAGAAGCGAACAUGGCGCAUUCACCGAGGAUGGUCUUCACUGACACAGUGAAAAGUUUCCCUUUACCUGGACACCAUGCACCCGUACAGAUCGUUCUGGAAGAAAAGCCACACACCGUGACAUCUUUUGGACACAAACACCUGAUUUCAUUCAACUUGCAAAAUCCUCAGCAGACUCCUGUGGAAAGAAAGGUGUUGUGGAAAAAAUGCAGCAGAGAACAUUGUGACUAUAAUAUCUCUGUGGUCCACAAAAGGGAAGAGGCCAACCAGGUGUUUGUGUGUGGAACCGAUGGCAGGGAAACGCUGUGCUGUGACAUGAAUUUAUCAGAGCAGUCACCCACAUGCAUUCCCUCUGAAAAACUGGGAAAAAUAGAAGAAAGCAUAAGGGAAUUUAUCAUACAGGAAGGGGAACAUUCUGCCCUCGUGGAAUCAGCAGGAAGUGCAGAUCUCUACAUCACAUACUCUGGAUCUAACGAUUUUGUUGGCAUCCACAAGUUUGGGGCAAACAAAGUUGGACCAGCAAACAAUAAUAAUAAAGAGCAGCACUAUGUGGGUUUGGUGGUCAGCAGACAGAAACCCAAACCCUUGCAGGACAAAGUUUAUGCCUUCUAUAAAGAAAAAAACAAAGAGGCGAGCCUGGACAGUGAAAUGUGGCUCCCUUUUGUGACCCAGAUUUGCAUGGCAGAUACUGGUGGUCCCAAGAACAACCUGCAGUUUAGCUGGACGUCCCAGUUGAAUGCAAGGCUCUUCUGUGGUGACCCCACCAGCAGACAGCACUUCUCUGAGCUGGUAGAUGUGGCUACUGUGCAUGCACAAGAGUGGAAGGAUACCACGGUUUAUGCACUCUUCAGAAAUGAAUGGGGGAUGAGUGCUGUGUGUAUCUACACAAUACGAGAUAUUGACAACAUCUUCAGAACCUCCGCAUUUAAAGGUGACUCAGAGGACAGGUCUAGAGAGUGUGUUCAAGACAGUACAAAGAUUACUGCGGAUACCCUGAGGAAGAUAAAGAAGACUUUGGAGAUGGAGAAAUGGAUCAGCCCUGUGGACAACUCCGGCCCACUUCUCUUUAAUUACCACAGCUACACUGGUAUCUACGCCCAUACUUCCCAGAACAAGAGCAAUGAUCACCCCCCGGUCCUGUUUCUGUCACUAAAUAAUGGAGGGGUUCAUAAGGUGACGCAGAAUAAAACCUCCAGCUUUGUCAACGCUGAGUAUCGACCUUUCAACCACACGACCCACAUCCUCAGCAUCAUCCUUCACCCCUCCUCUAGGAAUCUGUAUGUGAACUCCAGAAGUGAACUUGUGCAACUGGAUGUGGCAAACUGUGCCCAGUAUGGAGACAACUGUGAGCAGUGUGUAUUAGCCAGAGAUCCCUACUGCGGCUGGAACGGCAUCAGCUGCACCCUUGCAACAACUAACACACUGCAGGAUGUGGCCCAAGGGAACCAUACCAUCUGCCUAUCUGUGUCAAGGCAGCAGCCUGUGCGUAGCCCAGAUACACAUGCAGACGAGGCCAAGGGAAGCAUCAAACUUCGCUCUCAGUCCAAGUACUUCCUCGAGUGCCCGGUGUCGUCCCAUCACGCCCAGUACACCUGGCAUCACCUUAAAAGCUCCCCAAACAGUGAAAGCUCCACAUCAUGCAACUUAAUGGAGGAGCGGUGCCUUCAUCUGAUAGACAGCAUGGGUCCCGAGCAGGUGGGAACAUACAAAUGUGUGUCGGAGGAGAUGGGCUACAGCAGAGUCCUGGCACAGUACCAAAUACAACUGGAGAACAGGGCGGGGGUGCAUUCAUCCUGCCCACUGGUCUGGGUUUGCCUAAUGGCUGUUCUGAUCAAGAGUUGUCUUGUUAGUCUCGAGUAAAUAACAUGAUACGAAUACAAGUGUGAUAAACUCCUGUCUGUAGUCAUACAGUAGCUAGGAGUGCAGCAUUAAUUAAUUAAUGCUUUUAUUAAAAUUGCUAGAAUUUCUAUAUUUCAUAAUUAGUUCUAGCCUUCAAAUGUACUGCUCAAAAAAUGAAGGGAACACAUAAUCAUCACAGUAUAACAUCAUGUAAAUUAAACUUCAGGGAUAUUAUCUGUUCAGUUAGGAAGUAUAAGCAAAAAAAAGACCCAGCACGGUCUGAAGAGUACGGAGGAGAUACCAUGAGACAGGCCAUUACACUAGGAGAGCUGGACAGGGCUGAAGAAGGGCAUCAACUCGGCAGCAGGACCAGUAUAUGCUCAUUUGUGCGAGGAGGGACAGGAAGAGCAGAACCCUACAAAAUGGCCUCCAGCGAGCUACUGGUGUUCAUGUUUCUGACCAAACUGACAGACUCCAGAUCCUCUAGUGGGAUCUGUGCUCACAGCCUAGCACCGUGACACUAGACUGCCAUUCGCCCCCCCCCCCCCGUUCUCUUCACAGAUGAGAGCAGGUUCACACUGAGCACAUGUGACAGAUGCAAAAGAGUCUGGAGAUGCCAUGUUUGAACGUUAUGCUGCCUGUAGCAUCAUCCAGUAUGACUGGUUUGGCCGUGGGUCUGUGAUGGUCUGGGGAGGCAUAUCCUUGGAGGGUCACACAGACCUCCAUGUGCUAGCCAACAAUACCCUGACUGCUGUUAGGUACCGGGAUGAAAUCCUGAGAGCCAUUGUCAGACCGUGUGCUGGUGCAGUGGGCCAUAGCAGUAGCGUGCCCUGAUCCAGGUCUGGUCUCACCAUCUGCCAUCUCAUCAGAAGCAUGCCCAGACGUUGUCAGGAGUGCAUCCAGGCACGUGGGGACCAUACUCACUACUGAGUCACAUUAUGAGUUGCCGUGAUUUCAGUUUUUUUUUUUUUACCUGUAUUCCACCCUCAAUCGGUUGGUGGUUUUGGUUUCCACUGACACGUCAUUUUGUUCUGUGAAUCAUACAAUGUACAGUAAAGAUUUUGAACGGUUUUGUUCAUCAAGAUCUGAUGUCUGAUCUAAUUGUUCCCUUGGUUUUUUAUUUUAUUUUUAUGAGCAGUGUAGAAAAUACAUGUUGAAUUGCUCCUCUUACAGUAUUUCUGAAUCCUUUACUGCACUUGACGUUUUGCGCAGAAUGUAAACAAUAAUGAUGCAAUAUUUUGUAGUUAAACUUUUUGAUUAUGUUAAUAAUAAUUCCGUUCGCGUACCAAUUUCAAUGUAAAGCGUGUGGAGCCAGUCACCAGAACCAAAGUAGAUUUAUUAAGAUGUCCAUGGUUGUCUUGGAAACCAGAAACAUGAUAAAACUUGGUUUACUUUGUUAUAUGUCAUACAACUUAUGUCUCCUCUGCUACUAUCUUUGUAGUACGAAAUACAUGUAGAGUUGUAACUUGGGAAACUGGUUUAAAAAAAAAUGAACUUUUAAUGCUUUUAUUUAUUUAUUGUUGAAAGAUUAUAUUUCAGAAAACCAGAUGCUGGUGCCGCAUGCAGGAAACCUGUGGUGGGUGUAUUGAAACCACUUUUAUGUAGAUUAAGAGGAAAAAAACUUGAGUCUUACAAUAUUUGUAGUAGUAUGAUUUUGAAAUAUAACCUGUAAGUGUCUUGCAUCCGUUGCCGUUAAUGUGAAAUUCUGUCUGAAUGGAGGGGACAUUUUCUUAGCAGUACUUUCCUCUCUUGCAUCCUACCUCAGACUUGCUUGACAGCCUUUGCGUUACAACAGACUGAGCCAUAUUUCCUAAUGUUUGAGCUUAUAUGAACAGAGCCAUAAUUAAAUUCCUUCCACCAGUAUUUUCAGGAAAUCUUAGCACUUUAAAUCUUGGAUGAAGAUACAUGUAAUACUUAAUGAUAUAGUUGUACACAAUCUUUAACAUGUUGUAUCUCGGAGUCACUGUUUUGUGUAAAUCACAUCAGGGUGGAUGACGUCUUUGCACUUGAUGGCUAGUAAUUGCAAGUAAAGACAAAUAAGGUGAUUUGUGCCUUAUUGUCCCUCAGGGUAAUGAAUACAAUAAAAAUUGGCAUCGCUCAUCGCUGUAUACCGGAGGUUUGUGGUGAAUAUUUUUUUUUAAGAAUAUAAAAUGAUUAACCUUG